ACUACAAGGCCAUGGCCUCCAAGUUCAUCGACUCCCUCCCCCAGACCUCCUUCAUCACCAAGUCCGGUCUGCUGGCUGGUGGUGUUGGUGCCCUCCUGUACGCCAUCGGUAACGAGUACUACGUCGUUUCCCCGGAGACCCCGGUCAUCAUGACCUUCUGUAUCUCCCUGGCCGUCGUGCACAAGCUCGGUUUCCCGGUCGUCGCCAAGGCCCUGGACGACCACGCCGCCGAGGUCAAGCGCGCCCUGGAGACCGGCCGCGAGACCAAGCGCGCCGAGAUGCUCGCCGAGAUCGAGAAGCUCCGUGGUGAUGCCGACCUUGUCGAGGCCACCAAGGCCCUCUUCGAGUACCAGCGCCAGCUCGUCCAGAUGAAGGCUCAGGUUGGUGAGCUCUCCGUCCAGCGCGACGUUCACAACAAGAUUUCU